AUGGCUUCUUCCCUCUGGCCAUGGACACUCAGCAUCUUCAUUGUAGGAAUGAUGGUAAAUGCAGUACAAUCAGCUUCAAGUUUAUAUGGACAUGGAUAUGUCCCUGCUAAACCUGCAGGUCUCCAGCCAAGUGCUUGGUCUCUAGCACAUGCCACCUUCUAUGGUGAUGAGUCUGCAUCUGAUACCAUGGGGGGAGCUUGUGGAUAUGGGAACUUGUUCAACAAUGGCUAUGGAACAGACACAGCAGCAUUGAGCUCAACAUUGUACAUGAAUGGCUUUGCUUGUGGAUCAUGUUACCAAAUCAGGUGCACGGGCUCACCGGAGUGCUUCCGAGGCAAUCCGAUCACCACUGUCACUGCCACAAACCUCUGCCCUCCAAACUGGUCCGAGGACUCGAACAAUGGUGGUUGGUGCAACCCUCCCCGGACUCAUUUUGACAUGUCUAAACCUGCCUUUAUGAAGAUUGCUAAUUGGAAGGCUGGCAUAGUUCCAGUAAUGUACCGCAGGGUACCCUGUGUGAAGAAAGGGGGAUUGAGGUUCUCUUUCCAAGGGAAUGGGUACUGGUUGCUGGUUUAUGUGAUGAAUGUUGGGGUUGGGGGAGACAUUGGGGGAAUGUGGGUGAAAGGAAGCAAAACUGGGUGGAUAAGUAUGAGCCAUAAUUGGGGAGCUUCAUACCAGGCCUUUGCAAGCCUUGGAGGACAGGGACUCUCAUUUAAGGUCAUGUCCUACACCACCAAGCAAACCAUUGUUGCAAUGAACGUUGCACCUCCCAAAUGGAGCACAGGACUCACCUACCAGUCCAAUGUGAACUUUUCUUAAUUUUCUUUCUUAAAUAUGUUUGUUUUGAAUUUAAUGUGAGUCUUUCUUUU